AUGGAUGCAAUGGAGACGCUGUCACGGGCGUCGGCAUCGGCUGCCACUGCUGCUGCUGCUCACACACUCGACAUCAUCUCUGCCGGCAUCUCGGCCAGCGUGAGCACUUCCAGCAGCACGGCAAUCCCCAGCACACUCCCCGACGUCGCCUCCGCCCAUGCUCCCACUGACCCGCGCUCGACCUUGAGCAUGCUCGGCGGCCUGGCCUUGGGCAUCUUCACCGUCCUCCCGAGCGCCCUCUACUGGGCCAUCCACUUCGUAACGCUCACUCUCCCAACAUGGCUGUUCACCUUCCUGUCCACCAGCUUGACCUUCACCAUGAACAUGACCACCCUGCUGCUGCUCCUGCUGGUCUUCGCCUCGACCGUCAGUUGGUUCUUGAGGUACCGCUUCUUGAACAUGUACUCGCGCCUACCUCCGGAGCCGCAACGAAAGGAACCUCAGGUGGAGAUCUUUCCAGAGUCUCAGGAAUCGGAUUCGAAGCCAGGCUUGGCAAACUACUUCGAUGAAUUCCUCAGUGCCAUCAAAGUCUUCGGGUAUCUGGAACGGCCGGUGUUCCACGAGCUUACCCGGACUAUGCAAACGAGGAAGCUAAUAGCCGGCGAGACGUUACUUCUGGAAGAGGAGAAGGGGUUUUGCUUGGUCGUGGACGGCUUGGUCCAGAUCUUUGUCAAGUCCAAGGGCAGUAGCUCUGAACCAGAAUCGCCAAACGAAUCUGUGAUACUGGACGAGGAUCAGGGGGAAGAUCGACCAAGUGGCCAUGGCAGCUACCAGCUUCUCACUGAAGUCAAGAACGGCGCUCCGAUGUCCUCGCUCUUUUCUAUCUUGGCUUUGUUCACGGACAACGUCAAGUUGAGGUUUGAUGAGGAGGACGAACAUCUUCAAUCUGCCGGCUCAGGUACCAACCUGAAAAGCCAUCUCAAGAUGACCGUAAACGACGAAGAUGUGAACCACGAGUCGGGCACUGAUGGUGGACUGCAAUGGGGAGCAGCUGGUGGCGCUUCACGGCCUGUAUCACGGCAAAGGGCCUCUUCUGGUUUUAUGGGAACCUCCUUCAGAGAACCUCCACCACUCGCUCUCGACAGCAGCACGGACAAUAGCCAGCCGAAGAUAUCUAGCCGCCGACCAAGCUUCAUACGAGGCAACAGCGUCCGGGCUAAGAAGGCGAAGAAGCAGGCGUCUGCUCAUCCUGACAUCGUUGCGAGGGCCACCGUUGAUACUACCAUCGCCAUUAUCCCGGCGAGUGCUUUUCACAGAAUUACGAGGAUCUAUCCAAAAGCAACGGCGCACAUUGUUCAGGUCAUUUUAACUCGUCUGCAGAGGGUCACUCUCGCGACAGCGAACUCGUACCUGGGUCUGACGAGCGAAGUGCUGCGCACGGAACGACUGAUGGAUCGUUACACCUCCUAUGAUUUGCCAGACUUCCUGAGAGGCGAGGCCUUGCAACGCUUGAAAGACAAAUUCCGCAAAGACCAGGAGAACGUGAACCCGGAAGAUAGCAUGAAGGGUAUCGCUUUGCACAAUCCUCGAAUCGCCAACCGAAGACGGACGACUAAUAACUUGCCCCGUGAUGCAACUUCGCACGCACAAUCGGUCACCCGCAAUGGAAGCCUCAGGUCUGAGCAUGUUGGUGGUGAGCGAGGUGGGAUGAGCGCCGGCGACUUGCUCACGAACAUCCAAGCAGCCAGGACACUCGGACGACGAUAUCAGGCAGGGAGCUUCUCUCAGCCCUACUCCGCUCCAAGACCUUCUACUGGCGAUCUGUCCGAUCCCACGAAGAGUCGAGAUAGAGGCCCAUUCAACGCCGACUUAAGCCCUCGCGCCACAAUGCAUCGCCAAGAGUCUAUGGACGAAGACGUCAUCUUCCGCGAAUCCAUCAUGGAAUGUAUUGCUAAUGCUAUCGGCCUUGCGAACUCCAAAGAUGCCUUCCGAAAGACUGAGUCAGUAGCGCAAUCACCACGUCUAGUUUCGUACGACUCCAAAAGACAGAGCGCAAUCUUCAACAACGCUUUUGGCUUCAUGGAUCCAUACGAUGGCUCACAAGAGGACGCUGAGUCAGUUGCGUCUGUGUCAGCCUUCAGCGUCGGUGGCUCCGCCAAUAUCAUGGAGGAUCUGAUGAAUGAGGUCGAAAUAGUCUAUUUUCCGAAAGACUCGGUGUUGGUUGAGGAAGGCGAGCGCAAUCCAGGCCUCUACUAUGUGAUUGACGGUUUCCUCGAUGUCAGUGCUUCCAUGGACGAGCAAGAAGUAUCAUCCUCGAAUGUGCUGGGUACGAUGGCCAGAUCACAAAAUGGCCUUGAAGUCCCCGAGCUCCUCAGUCAACGCAGGACCUCAAGGACCUCGAGACCGACUUCGACCAACGGCUCUGAGCAUCACCGACGAAGGAAGUCUGGUUAUGCAAGAAAGAGUCUGUUCCUGGUGAAACCCGGUGGACUCGCAGGCUAUCUUGGUACCAUCUCUUCGUACCGGUCUUUCAUCAAUGUGACAGCCAAGACCGACGUGUACGUGGGAUUUCUCCCCCGACGCGCCAUCGAAAAGAUCGUUGAACGAUAUCCGGUCGUUCUUCUGACAAUGGCGAAGCGAAUGACCAGCCUGCUUCCACGUUUGAUCUUGCACAUCGACUUCGCCUUGGAGUGGGUGCAGGUCACUGCAGGACAGGCAGUAUAUCAUCAGAAAGAAGAGAGUGACGCCAUAUACAUUGUGCUCAACGGCCGACUCCGCGCUAUUCAGGAGAGCGACGAUGGCAACAUGAAAGUGAUCGGAGAAUACGGUCAAGGCGAAAGUGUGGGCGAACUUGAAGUGCUGACGGAGUCGACACGACCUGGUAGCCUGCAUGCCAUCCGAGACACCGAGCUUGCAAAGUUCCCCAAGACACUUUUCAACAGUCUGGCACAAGAGCACCCCGGCAUCACAAUCAAGGUAUCGAAGAUCAUUGCAUCGCGCAUGAGGACGUUGAUUGAGAAUCCCUUGAAUGAGUGCGAGAACUACAACAAGUUGUCCGUGGAGAGGCCCAAGGUGACGACGACAAGCAAUCUCAGAACUGUGGCCGUCGUGCCAUGUACAGCCGGAGUGCCAGUAGUGGAGUUUGGUCACAAGCUUCAGAGUGCGCUAGGCCAGAUCGGCACUCCGAAUGGUGUCUCUGUCCUCAGUCAAUCCACGAUCUUGAAUCACCUUGGACGUCAUGCGUUUAGCAGAAUGGGAAAGCUCAAGUUGUCACAAUACCUGGCCGAUCUGGAGGAGAAGUACGGCAUCGUGAUAUACGUAGCGGACACCAGCGUGAAGUCGCCAUGGACUCAGACUUGCAUCAGCCAAGCCGACUGCAUCUACAUGGUCGGCCUUGCAGAGGGAUCCCCUGCAAUCGGCGAGUAUGAGCGCUUCCUGCUCACGACCAAGACGACGGCACGAAAGGAGCUGAUCCUGUUGCACUCGGAGCGCUAUUGUCCCUCCGGUACCACUCGUGCUUGGCUUAGGAACCGACCGUGGAUCAACGGAGGACACCACCAUGUACAGUUGGCAUUCAAAGCAGCUCCCGAGCCCGUUCACCCCAAUGGGCCGACAGGGACGAAGAGAUUCGGUAACGCUAUCAAGCAGCGCGUGCAGGUCAUCCAAGCCGAGAUCCAUAAGUAUACCUCCCGUCGCGUCCGACAAACGCCACUAUUCUCCGCCGACACACCUUUCAAAGGUGAUUUUCACCGUCUGGCACGGCGUUUAUGCGGCAAGUCGGUCGGCUUGGUGUUGGGCGGAGGCGGUGCGAGAGGCCUUGCUCAUGUGGGUGUGAUCCGCGCGCUGGAAGAGGCAGGCCUUCCGAUUGACAUCAUCGGAGGUACCUCGAUUGGUGCUUUCGUGGGCGCUGUCUAUGCGCAGGAUGCCGACGUGGUGCCGAUGUAUGGACGCGUGAAGAAGUUUGCUGGCCGGAUGGGGAGCAUGUGGAGGUUUGCGCUGGACGUCACGUACCCGUCGGCAUCAUACACCACCGGGCACGAGUUCAACCGGGGCAUCUUCAAGACGUUUGGCGACAGUCAGAUUGAAGAUUUCUGGUUGGACUUCUACUGCAACUCGACCAACAUCUCCCGAUCGCGCUCGGAGAUCCAUACCAGCGGUUACGUGUGGCGAUACGUGCGAGCUUCCAUGUCGCUCGCUGGACUCAUCCCACCCAUGUGUGACGAAGGCAACAUGUUACUGGACGGUGGAUACACGGACAACCUGACUGUAUCGCACAUGAAAGCCCUCGGGGCAGACCAGAUCUUCGCCGUGGACGUGGGAGCUCUGGACGACGACACACCGCAGGCUUACGGAGACAGCCUCUCGGGCUUCUGGGCAUCGCUCAACCGAUGGAACCCCUUCUCUUCCCACCCCAAUCCGCCCACGCUCUCCGAGAUCCAGGCACGACUCGCAUACGUGAGUUCGGUGGACAAUCUCGAGCGCGCCAAGAACAUUCCCGGCUGCAGAUACAUGCGGCCUCCGAUCGAGGCGUACGGAACCCUGGACUUUGGCAAGUUUGAUGAGAUCUACCAGGUGGGCUAUCAGUAUGGACGGAAGUUCUUGGCGGAGCUGCGAGACGAGGGCGUGAUACCGGGCAUUGAGGAGACGGAGGAGAAGAGGAAUCUGAGGAGGACCAUGGCGCCGAGGCGGGCGAGUAUCUAA